UUUUCAUAUUUAUUCAAUGUAAAGAAUCAUAAAUAGAAAUACGCGUGCGCCAACACACCACGUAUGUAAAUAAAAACAUUUAGAAUCAACCCUACAAAAAUGGCAGACCGGUUAACACAGCUUCAGGACAUGGUUAAUCAGCAAGCAGAAAAUUUCUGCAACAGUAUAGGCGUUUUGCAACAGUCUGCAACGCCAAGCAAAUUCAGUGGCUCGCAGACGCCACAGCAGCAAGAGGGCGAAGAUUAUGCCAGUCUCUUUGCCACCCUCGUGGCUCGUUGUGCCAAAGAUAUAGACGUUCUUAUUGAUUCCUUGCCAAGUGACGACAACUCCGUGGAAGUGCAGGUGGCAAGCUUGAGGAGACUAGAACAGGAGAACCAAGAAGCCGCUGAGAGACUGCAGGAAGUGGUCAGAAGAGGGGAAGGAUUGUUGGAACAAAUUCAGGCGGCCCUUGCUGACAUAGUGCAGUGCCAGCUGGACAUGGCUUCAUUAGAUCCAGCAAGUGGACAGUGACUUGUGUUUUAAGACUUUAUGAACAAUGAUCUAUGAAUAAAUGAGCAAAUGAAAUGAUCUAAUUUAUAAGAGGAUAAUAUA